AUGAACAUCAAAGACUACCAGUGGCAUUUUGGAUUCAUGGUAUGUGGAUGGUCUGGAUCCAUCUCGACGGAACACUCACUGUCUUCAGGAGGUGGAUUUGUGGCAGGCUCCAGCAGAGAUCCUCAAUACAACCUCUCAUACAUUGUUGAGAAUUCUGUGGCAAUAGGGAAACCUAUCAUUGGUGUCAGUAUCAACUAUCGGCUCAGUGCGUUCGGGUUCCUUGCAUCCAACGAGAUUGCUGGCGAGGGUGCCACGAAUUUGGGCCUCAAGGACCAGCGUCUUGCCAUGCACUGGGUCCAAGAAAACAUUGCUGCCUUUGGAGGUGACCCAACGAAGGUAACCAUCUGGGGAGAAAGUGCUGGCUCUCAGGCCGUGGGCUUCCACCUUGCCGCGUACGGCGGGCGAGACGACAAGAUUUUCCGUGGUGCCAUCAUGGAAAGCGGCAACCCAGUCUACUGGAUCAGUCUCUAUACACCGGACUAUUUCCAGGACACCUAUGAUACUAUCGUCGGGUCAGCCGGCUGCAACACAUCGCUGGACACUUUGCAGUGUUUACGCGAAGUGUCGACUGACACCUUGAACACGAUCAUCAACACUACUACACCCGCUCUGAUUGCCGGUGCAAACUGGACGGUAUAUGCUCCCGUCAUGGACGGCGAUUUCCUUCAGAAGUAUACUUCGCUGCAGUUGCAGGAAGGCCAGUUUGUCCACGUACCCAUUCUGUCUGGAGCCAACUCUGACGAGGGGAGUGUAUUCUCUCCCUACGGAAUCAACACCACUGAAGAGUUCUACGACGCCCUCACAUCUUUCCAGAAUUUCCCCGCGGUUCCUCCCUUUUUUGCCGACCAGAUUCUGGAAGCUUAUCCCAACGACCCGACCUUCGAUGCCCUCCAGAAUCUGGGAGACGCACAAGCACCCGCCUACCCCUAUGGGGACCAAUUCCGCCGGGUGGCCACCUACUAUGGUGAUGGACUUAUCAUCGCAGGCCGGCGUCAAGCAUGUCAAACUUGGGCUGCUGCCGGCAACCCCGAUGUCGGCGUUAAGCACGGCCAAGAAAUUCCCUUCGCAUUCUUGAAUCUCAACGUGACUGGCGAUGCGCCCGAGACGGUGCGCCUCGCGCAAUUCAUGGAUGGAAGUUGGAUCAGUUUCGUGCACGACCUCAAUCCCAAUGUGUGGCGAAACGUGUGGAAGGGGGACGAGGCUUUCUGGCCCGAGUACAGCGUCGAUGGGAGUGUCAUCGUCCUGGACACGAACGUGACCGUUCAUACCGAGCCUGACAUCUGGAGGGAGGCGGCUAUCAACCUGAUCAAUGACAACAGUGCCGGCAUAUUCAACCGCUAG